GAGGUUGGGGAGUGACUGGAGAGGGAGGACGAUUUUUCUCUAGGAUCUGUAUGCCUCCUCUUACCUCCCCCUUCCGGCUCUCACUUGGUAGCAUCUUCCUGAUCCCUUUAUCUCUUAAGGCGCUCAGGAAAAUGACCCCCUGCAGGAACCUUCUGGGAAAUGCUGCCCUGGCCGCCCAGGAACCAUGAGUCCUGCAGCCCCGGUUCCGCCUGACUCCACCCUGGAAAGUCCUUUUGAAGAAAUGGCCCUGGUGAGGGGCGGCUGGCUGUGGAGACAGAGCUCCAUCCUCCGCCGCUGGAAGCGAAACUGGUUUGCCUUGUGGCUGGAUGGGACCCUGGGCUACUACCAUGAUGAGACUGCACAGGACGAGGAGGAUCGCGUGCUCAUCCAGUUCAAUGUCCGCAGCAUAAAGAUCGGCCAAGAGUGCCACGAUGUGCAGCCCCCAGAGGGCCGGAGCCGAGACGGCCUGCUGAUUGUGAACCUCCGGGAGGGCUCCCGCCUGUAUCUGUGCGCAGAGACCAAGGAUGAUGCCGUAGCGUGGAAGACGGCGUUACUGGAGGCGAAUUCUACCCCGGCCCCAACCGGAGCCACCGUCCCUCCCAGGAGCCGCCGGGUUUGCCCCAAGGUCAGGUGUGUGACCCGCUCGUGGAGCCCCUGUAAGGUUGAGAGGCGGAUCUGGGUGCGUGUCUACAGCCCGUACCAGGACUACUAUGAGGUGGUAACUCCCAACGCUCAUGAAGCCACAUACGUACGCAGCUACUACGGACCACCCUAUGCAGGACCCGGCGUGACGCACGUAGUAGUGCGGGAGGAUCCCUGCUACAGUGCGGGCGCUCCGCUGGCCAUGGGCAUGCUCGCGGGGGCCGCCACAGGUGCCGCGCUCGGCUCGCUCAUGUGGUCUCCCUGUUGGUUCUGAGCCCUGGGACUGGGAGUGUGGACCCUGCGCCUAGAGCAACGGACCCCUUUUCCUCCUUGACCCCACCCUCCACGAUUUAAGUCCUGCUGUACUUCGGCUCCUUCUUCUCCACUAGUCCCCCUGGACUUGGAUCAUCCAUAUCCCACUCCCCCCACUCUCACCCCUUGCGUUGCAAGAAGCUAUCAUCCCAGGCACAAACAUAGCUCAAAAUCCUUGUAUCUAUUGCCAGACACCCCAGACUUUUGUUACAGACACAUAUAGACAUGGUUCCCUCCAAUACACCAGGACACAGAAAACGACUCAUGUGACUUAACGUUCCCAGGUACUGGAGACCGAGGAGUCAGGUUUUUUCCUCCAGCACCUCCAUGGUUGCUGGGAAAAACAGAAGUAAACAAACACUUGACAGGACAGAGUUAUCAAUCCUUUGACACAUGAGGGUAAAGAACAGAAGGUAGGCUAGGAGUAGGGUUGUUGCAAGAGUGCAGAGCAAAGAUUAUCGUGGACAUGUCCAAGGAAUUAAAAGUUCAUUUAGGCUGGGGUGGGGACUGGGAUAAGAUCAUGAUGGCCCUCCAGGCUAAAGAGCUUGCUGGGUAAAGGGGAGAUGUGAGCUUUUUGGAGGGAAGUUUCAUGAUUGCGCCUAUAAUGAAUAUAUUGCCUGUUAAUACUGACACAUACUGAAAUCCAAAACACUCUCUGAGGUUAGCCCCAUCCUUCCCACUAUCAGCUUCCAGGGUCCCCUGUUCCUUCAGUGCUCAGAAAACACUUGUUCCCCAUGUUAGGGGUGCCUGGGGCAGCAAUUGAGUUGAACCUGGGGUCCCCUUGCUGGGGGGCAGAUAAGCUCUGUUCAGGACCUCCAGCCCUAGGAUGGUGCUUCCAUCAGGAAAUGCAUUCCUGGUCCCCAGGAACUUGGCCCUCUGUCCAUAACUGUGGCUGUCACCAUCUUAGGCUUUGUCUCUUCCUUCACUCUGGGGGAGAUGGCAGUGUUCACCUCUAGGGCCUGAUCCAGUGGGAAGCCCCAUGUGUGCCUCCCUGUAAGUGGCCCAGCAAUCUCUCCAUUUGGCUCCUUUACAAUUUCCUCUCCCACCCUGUCCUAACAGAAGUGCUAACAUUCCUACCCAGUAGCCAGAGUAGCCUGCUAAAGUUCCCUUGUAGGUAUGGGCUCUAGUGGCCCUGCUGCAGAGACUAAUAAAGAUAUGGUUGGCUCUA